CGUCAUGCUUGAUUGAGCAGGCCUUGUGUGUGCUUAGUUAAUGGUUACUAAGAACUCAUUUGCCUGUUUUCAAUACAUGUGAUCCAUAAGCUGGGACGACAGGACUGAUUUUUUUUUCUUCGAGUUAAUUUUUUCUUUUCGAAUCAGGUUUUGGGAUUUUGUUAAAACACUAUACAGUGGGAAGGAAUCUUUAACCUUAACAACAGAACAGUGUUGAAUAUUUUUUUUUGGUUGGAUUUUCAAACAUUAAUAAUUUUAGGUAUGUUCAAGGCAAAUUAACUGAAGGGAUGUACAGACUUAGAUAGUGAAAGUUAUUUUUGGUUAAAAUCCACAUUCCGCAAUCAUGGCAUGUGAUAUCAAGACUUUUGCCUUGAGGCAAGGUUCCUUCCUAAUCCCAGUGCUAUUAAUUAUUUUGCUAUUUAAUGGGAUUUAUUCACAAACUAUUCCUGGUAACCCCACUAUUGUUGGUGAUUUUGAGAAGAAUGAAGGAGAAACAGCAACACUGAGUUGUACGUCAGUCGGGGGUAAUCCUCUCCCAACAGUGGAAUGGUACAAGAACAAUCAGCUGGUGGAUCCAGGAAGCAGCAGCACGGGGAAUGGUGAUGGAGUGUAUACAAUUGGAUCCACCUCUGUUACUUACAAUAACUACACAUUCACAGUGUCCAGAUCAGACAACCUUGUCUCCUACAUCUGUAGGGUGAAAAACUCAGUAUUAUCCAAUAAUCUUACUCGCUCAUGGACAAUUAGUGUUUAUGUGCAAACUCAGCAACCUGUCAUUACCGGUCCCGAGCCUGCGAUCACCAAUGCCCUUGAUGCUGGAUCUACUUACAAAUAUGUGUGUUCCGCAAGUAAUGGUCGACCUGCCCCCCAAAUCUUAUGGAAACUCGGAACCUCUCUGUCAACUGCGGUUGAAUUUCAUCAAGGAAUCUCGGAGAGCACCAUCACAAAUGCUGACAGCACACUGACCAAGACCAGCAACCUGAGCUGGGUCCCCAUCACUGACGACAAUGGAAAGAAUCUCUAUUGUGAGACAGUGCAAACCACCGCUGGUGGCAGCUCCACCAGAAAGUCCACCUUUGUACCAAUUAAUGUACAGCAAACACCCCUCCUUCAGGUUGGCAGCGCUUUUUACACGACUCAGGUGGGGGGAUCAGUGACCUUGGCCUGCACUGUCCUGGCAGCAACCCCGGCUGUCACUGACGUUUUCUGGUCAAGGCUGGUUAAUGGCGUCUAUACCAGGAUCAGUAUUGACAACAUUCGAUUUUUCGGAGCCACCACUUCCAAUGCUAAUUUGACCAUUAAUAGUGUGGCUCUAACUGAUGCAACAAGCUACAGGUGCUCAGCAACGAAUGCGGCAGGAACAGGCACCAGCUCAGCAACCACACUUUCUGUAUCAGGAAGUGCCCCGUUAGUACAGAUAGACCAGGACAAGUACCCUAGUACUAGUGGUAACACAGUUACCCUGGUGUGUGAUGUCUACUCCAGCCUCAGCGUCUCCCGCGUCUACUGGGAGAGGGAGGUCGGGGGUCAGUUUACGGCCAUUGAUGUGGCGGGGAAUCCCAGUAAAUAUGGGGGAGUGACCAUCUCCUCCCCCUCCCUGGUGGUGAAAAGCGUGACUACCAGUGAUGCUGGAAGGUACCGCUGUGUAGCAAUAAAUAUAGCAGGAACGGGGCAGGACACUACUGUUCUAGAAAUACAAGGAAAUCUGCCUCGUGUAACAAUUGAGAAGGACUCCUACUCUGUCAAUGAGGGCAAUGCCGUGACAUUGGCCUGCACAGUUCUAUCUUCCACUUCCACAAAUAUAAUUGACGUAUCAUGGCAAACCAUCGAAAACGGUGUCAGUAGAACACUAAAUGUCAACGACCCAAGUAAAUAUGCUGGAGCCUCCAUAAGUAACCCCUCCCUUACCAUAUUUAAUGCAGAAAUAUCAGAUAAUGGACAGUACAGGUGCACUGCUACUAACACAGUUGGGACGGGAGAGAGUGCCAUUACGACCCUGAAAGUCAUUGCGAAGCCUUCAUUCAGAAUCAGUCAGAGCUCCUACUCGGUUAAUUAUGGCAGCAAUGUCACUCUCCAGGUCACCAUAUCAUCACCAGAUGCACAGAUUCUGGCCAUCAACUGGCAGCACACCACAAAGGCAGGGAUCACCAACUACAUCCUGACGGGGGGUGGUAGAUACAGCGGGGCCAUCAUCGGAUCCCCCAGCCUGAGGAUCUCCUCCGUUACAUUCUCUGAUGAAGGAACCUAUCGCUGCCUUGUCACCAGUUCUGCAGGAUCUACCACAAGUGGACCGAUCUCUUUAACCGUCAUAGGAACUGUUCCCUCUGUGGUGAUUGGCUCAGGUUCUGCCAUUGUAUUUGGUGGAAACGUCUCGAUAAGCUGCUCCAUUUCAUCCAAUCCUAUUGAACAAUCUGUAUCAUGGCAGAAAACUGUGAAUGGAGCUACUACAACUCUGAACAUCAUUGGAAACCCCAGAUAUGAGGGUGGCACCCUCUCCAACCCCUCCCUGACCAUCUACAAUGUCAAUCUGGGGGACAGUGGGGAGUAUAGAUGUCUGGCCACCAAUAUUGUAGGAACAGGUCAGAGUGGGCCUGCAAUGAUAGACGUCACCGGAGGUGUUCCAGCUGUUACUAUUGGUUCUGGAUCCACCGUGUACGUGGGUGAUGAUGUCACAAUAUCUUGUUUCGUGUCAGGAACACCUGCUGUUACCUCUGUUUCAUGGGAGCAAACCAUCAAUUCUACCACAACCGCCGUGAACGUAAACGAUCUCACAAAGUACUCUGGUGGUACCGUGGCAACACCCAGUCUUACCAUAAAAAAUGUCAACAAAGCCAACGAAGGCAGCUAUCGAUGCCGAGCAACGAACCUGAUAGGAACAGGUCAAAGUGUCACCUCAGCAUUUAUAAGUGUGAUUGGAGGUCUUCCUGUGACCCUGAUUGGACCAGAUGUCAGUGUUACCGUUGGCAACCAAGCAACAAUCACCUGCUCAGUAUCAGGGUAUCCACUUAGCACAAGCAUUGCUUGGCACAAAAUAGCCAAUGGAGUCCGAACCGAAAUAGACACCUCACAGACUCGGUUCAGUGGAGGAACCAUCUCCACCCCUUCCCUCACCAUUAGUCCAGUGGAAAGUUCAGAUGAAGGCGAUUACCAGUGUACUGCCACCAACAUACUGGGGACCAGUCCAAGUGGAACCGCUUAUUUAGAUGUAUUGGGCAGUAUUCCCUCAGUAGAAAUCCCCAGUUUUUCCUAUACUGUUGCCUUUGGUUCCCAGAUUCGACUCCAGUGUGUGGUCAAUUCUAUCCCCCCCGCCACCAGCAUUCGCUGGCUCAAAACCUACCAAGGCGUGACCUCCGCUGUCACUCUCAACCCCUCCAAGUACAGCGGGGGGACAAUAAGUGAUCCUUCAUUGAGAAUUUUUAAUGCUGAGUUGUCUGAUGAAGCUACCUAUGUGUGCUCUGCUACUAACAUCGUAGGAACCGGCACCAGUCGGGAAAUGACCUUGAGUGUUGUUGUGUCUUUGCCUACAGUCCAGGUUGGAUCCUCUGCCUACACGGGGAUCAAUGGAGGAUCAGUCACCCUUGUGUGUUCCAUCAUCAGCUCUAACCCCACGGCAACUUCUGUCAUCUGGGAGAAGGACAUUAACGGGAACCCCACCAGUGUCCAGAGCUUCAUGGGGACGCGGGUCUCAGGAGGGACAGUGAGUCAGCCAUCCCUCACGAUUUCCUCCCUGACGGGCGGUGACACGGGGACAUACUACUGCUCUGCUAGAAAUAGCGUUGGAACCGGGUCACGAUCUACCACUACACUCACUGUACAAAAUCGUCCAACCAUCACCUUGCCUCAGUCCACUUAUAACAUCAAUUUUGGACAAGAUGUCACCUUAGUAUGCAAUGUGACCUCUGACACGACCUUGACCUCUGUAGUAUGGAGGAAGUACAAUAAUGGUGUACCCACUAACAUGGUGGUUACUGGCUUAUCACGUUACAGUGGGGGCACCACUCAGACCCCAAGUCUUACCAUAAGAGCACUCGUGUUUAAUGACUCGGGAAUUUACGAUUGUUCAGCUACCAAUUUCGCAGGAACUAGUGUCAGUGGUCAGAUAACUCUAAAUGUUAGAGGAACUGUUCCUAGCGUAAACAUUCCGCAGACCAGUUACAGUGUAACGUAUGGAGGUUCAAUCACUCUCCAGUGUAUCGUAAACUCCAAUCCAUUCCAAAGCGAGGUGGAAUGGCAGCGCAUCGCUAGCGGCGUGUCCACCACCAUCAAUGUGGCGUCUGAACCGCGAUACAGUGGUAGUUCUCCAAACACACCAUCACUGACCAUAACCGGGGCCGUUAGUGGUGAUGCAGGGGUAUAUGUGUGCUCUGCCACAAAUGAUGCCGGGAAGGGUGUGAGUGGGCAGACAGUAUUAAGUGUAAUAGGAAAUGUGCCCAGUAUCUCUGUCACUCAGACGUCCUACAGUGUUUUCGUUGGGUCCAGCGUGACCUUGACCUGCAGUGUGUCGGGUAACCCACCCGUGACCAAUGUCUUCUGGACCGUGACCAGGAAUGGUGUUACUCAGAAUGUAGUGACAUCUGGAGGCAGUCGCUUUAGUAACGGAAAUUCCAACAUUCCGUCCUUGACCUUGACUAAUGCUCAGCUGGGUGACUCCGGCACUUUUAUCUGCAAGGCCCAGAACUCUGCUGGAACCUCGGAGAGCUCUGGUAUCACCCUCACCGUGUCUGGAGAUGUUCCCAGUGUUUCCGUGGCCCAGCUGAGUUACAGUGUGGUGAUGAAUGGCGAUGUCACCAUGACAUGUUCUGUGUCAGCCAAUCCCGCGGCCACGAUUAGGUGGAUCUUCACAGCGAACUCUGGUGGCACAACGACAAUCUCCUCGUCAACAUCUAAAUACACCUUCUCCUCCUCCACAAGUUCCUCGUCGCUGACGGUCAGGACGGCGAACAGUAAUGACCAGGGAAGUUACGCUUGCUCCGCGACCAACUCAGUGGGAACUAGACAAGCCACGGCGACACUGACUGUCACAGGAAAUUACCCCUCUGUAAACAUGCAGUCCACUUACUCCGUUAUAACGGGAAGUAGUAUCAAUAUGAUAUGCUCCGUGUCAGCCAAUCCUGUCGUCACUUCUAUAACAUGGCAGUUCCAGGCCGCCAGCAGUAAUUCUUUUGUUUCCAUCUCGUCUUCGUCUAAAUAUGGCAUCAGCGGUACCUCGGGAUCUUCCUCCACUCUGACCGUGAAUACAGCAGCCAGUUCUGAUCAGGGUCUGUACCGAUGUCUGGCCACCAACCAAGUGGGAACCAGGUCUGCCAAUACAACACUCACUGUGUCAGGAAGUUUGCCCUCGGUAAAUAUUCCCCUAAAUUCAUAUAGUGCGGUAACUGGGCAGGACAUGACAAUUCCCUGCUCGGUAUCUGCUAGCCCCACAGCAUCGAUUACCUGGACCUUUAUCUCCACCUCUCAGUCCCAGACACAAAUCAGUGUCUCCACCACUAAGUACACAUUCAACCCCUCCUCCACUGACGGCACCUUGAUCGUUAGAUCCACCACCAGCAGCGACUCGGGCACAUACCGUUGCCAGGCAACCAAUAGUGUUGGGACAACAUCAGAUGUAGCAACCCUCUCUGUUACUGGAAGUGCACCAUCAGUCAGUUUUGGAUCCCAGUCCUACACAGUGAUCACAGGAAACAAUGUCCAGCUGUCCUGUUUUGUGAGUGCCACUCCAGCAGCUACUGGUAUCACCUGGACAUUCCAGUCCACUGGGGGUGGUUCCCUCACCAUCACCCCCUCUACCUCAGGGUACAGCAUUGUCACCGCCUCCUCCCAGACACAAUCCACACUGACAGUUCUGUCGGCCGAGAACAAUGAUGCGGGGACAUACACCUGUACAGCCACCAACACAGUGGGGACCAGAUCAGCAAGUGUUUCUCUCUCAGUGUCUGGAAGUCUGCCAGUGGUGAAUAUUCCUCAGAAUUCUUACUCUGCUAUAACUGGCCAGGAUGUCACUAUUUCAUGCUCUGUAUCAGCCAACCCGGCUGCAACAAUUACUUGGACCUUUAUCUCAACUUCCCAAAUUCAGACACAAAUUACCACCUCUACAUCCAAGUACACAUUCAACCCCUCCUCUACAAAUGGUAACCUGAUUGUGAGGUCCACCACCACCAGUGACUCCGGCACGUACCGCUGUGGAGCGACCAAUGCUGUUGGAACGGUGUCAGAUGUUGCGACGCUUUCUGUUACUGGAAGUCUACCAGUGGUGACAAUUCCUCAGAAUUCUUACUCUGCAGUAACUGGACAGGAUGCCACAAUUCCUUGCUCUGUAUCAGCCAACCCUGCAGCAACAAUAACCUGGACCUUUAUCUCGACAUCUCAGUCACAGACACAGAUUACCACCUCUACAUCCAAGUACACAUUCAACCCGUCCUCUACAAAUGGUAACCUGAUUGUGAGAUCUACCACUAGCAGUGACAUUGGCACGUACCGUUGCCAAGCAACCAAUGCUGUUGGAACGUCUUCGGAUGUGGCUACUCUUUCUGUUACUGGAAGUGCACCAUCAGUUAACUUUGGCUCCUCCUCCUACAGUGUAGUCACAGGAAACAAUGUCCAGCUGUCCUGUUUUGUGAGUGCCACUCCAGCAGCUACUGGCAUCACCUGGACAUUCCAGUCAACAGGGGGUGGUUCCCUCACCAUCACCCCCUCUACCUCAGGGUACAGCAUUGUCACAUCCUCCUCCCAGACACAAUCCACACUCACAGUUCUGUCUGCCCAGAACAAUGAUGCGGGAACAUACACCUGUACUGCCACCAAUACAGUGGGGACCAGAUCAGCAAGUGCUACUCUCUCCGUGUCUGGAAGUCUGCCAGCAGUGAAUAUUCCCCAGAAUUCUUACUCUGCUGUAACUGGACAGGAUGUCACUAUUCCUUGCUCUGUAUCAGCUAACCCAACAGCUACCAUAUCCUGGACUUUUAUCUCAACAUCUCAAUCUCAGACACAGAUUACCACCUCUACAUCUAAGUACACAUUCAGCCCGUCCUCUACAAAUGGUAACCUAAUCGUGAGAUCUACCACCACCAGUGACUCCGGCACCUACCGCUGUGGGGCCACCAAUGCUGUUGGAACGACGUCAGAUUCAGCCACACUCAGUGUUUCUGGCAGUCUCCCCACUGUAACAAUUCCCCAGACCACCUACACUGCCAUCAUAGGAUCAAACCAGCAGAUAGUGUGUUUUGUGAACGCCAAUCCCACGGCCAGUUCCAUCGAGUGGACGUUCCGUUCCUCCACCUCGGGAUCCACGAUUACCAUCACCUCCUCCACGCCCGGUUACUCCAUAGCGACAGCGUCAACAUCGCAAUCCACGCUGACUGUACAGGGGGUGGACAAUGGAGAUGAGGGGACAUACACCUGUAGAGCCACAAAUCAAGUGGGACAGGGCGCAGAUUCAGCAUUCCUGGACGUAACUGGAAACCUUCCCACUGUCAACAUUCAACAAAACACGUACACUUCUGUCUCUGGCCAGGAUGUAACUAUCUCCUGUGUCGUGUCAGCCAAUCCUAGCGCCACCAUCUCGUGGACGUUUAUCUCGACCAAUAACGCCCAGGUACAGAUUACCACCUCCACUGCUGACUAUUCGGUGACCACGUCAUCCACAGGCAGUACCCUGGUGGUGAGGACCACCAACAGUGGAGACUCAGGAACUUAUCGGUGUACUGCCACCAACAGUAUUGGAACCGCCUCAGAUUCUGCCACACUGACUGUAUCAGGAAGUCUGCCUACAGUAAAUAUUCCCAACAAUGUGUACACUGCCAUACAAGGACAGGAUGCCACCAUUCCCUGCUCUGUCUCCGCCAAUCCAGCCGCCACCUCAUUCUCCUGGACCUUUAUCUCCUCCACAAACUCCCAGACACAGAUCACACAAUCCACCACCAAAUACACCCUGUCUUCCUCCUCCACUGACCGGACCCUCAUUGUCCGCGGCACCACCAGUGCUGAUGGUGGCACCUACAGGUGUAGUGCCACCAAUGCUGAGGGAACGGCCUCAGAUCAAGCUACCCUCUCUGUGACCGGAAGUAGACCAGUGGUAGACAUUACUCAGACCUCUUACUCCGCUGUAACAGGAAGUAAUGUGGUGAUUCCGUGCACCGUCUCAGCCUCCCCGGCCGCCACUUCUGUCCAGUGGAAAUUCACAUCAGGAAGUGGGUCAGAGGUCACCAUCAGUGCUUCCUCAUCCAAAUAUACUUUGUCAAACUCCUUGAAUUUCCCACAACUGACCAUUCUCUCGGUCAGUUCGAGUGAUUCUGGAACCUACCAGUGUAGUGCUACUAAUGCAGUUGGCACAGGAUCUGAUACUACUUCCCUUUCUGUGACAGGAAGCAGACCAGUUGUUUCUAUUACCAGCAGUACUUACAAUGUCAUAAUAGGCAAUGCUGUCACAAUCCCCUGUACAAUCAGUGCCACCCCCAGUGCAACAUCGGUGUCCUGGUUCUUCACCUCAAAUUCUAAUAAUAGAAUACAAAUCACAACCUCUAGUGUUAAGUACACUGUGUCUACCGGAGGUAGUUAUUACAAUCUGACCGUGAACUCGGCUGCCAGUUCUGACGCCGGAGUUUACGAGUGCAGGGCCACAAAUGUCAUAGACACAAGCACUGAUUCUGCCCGCCUGGCGGUCUCAGGAAGUAUACCUGUUGUUUCUCUGCCAACAACAACCUAUCGAAUCACCUAUGGACAGAAUGUCACACUACAGUGCUCAAUAUCUGCAACUCCAGCUAUCACUUCCGUUCAAUGGGAGAAGUUUGUAAAUAGUGGCUACCAAAGCGUUUCCACACUGUCACCCAACAAGUAUUAUGGAGGCAACACUACAGUCUAUGAUCUGACGAUUGUCAACCUUGUGUUCGGCGAUGCAGGGUCCUACCGCUGCACCGCCACAAACCAGGUCGGGAGGGGUGUCAGUCCAAACACUGCCACUCUGCAGGUGUUAGGGGACAAACCCUCUGUUUUUGUACAGCAAAGCAGCUACUCAGCUGUGAUUGGAACAAAUGUCUCCCUAGCAUGCACUGUUUCCGUGACAACCAAUGACCCUCCUGUACUAAAUGUUUACUGGAAGAAGACCACCCCCAGUGGGUCUGGCACCAUUGAUGUGUCAGGAUCCUCAAAAUACUCGGGCAGCACCAUCGAAUCUCCCAACUUAAUCAUUUCAAACCUUGAUGUUCAUGACAAUGGCAAUUACAGUUGCCUAGCAACCAAUGCUGCAGGCACUAGCGAAAGUGGUGUGGCCAUUUUAACUGUCACUGGCAGUCAGCCCGCUCCCAACAUUCCAUUGGGAUCUUACUCGGUUUUAAUUGGGAAUGACAUACAGAUCCCGUGCUCCGUGUCGGCAGAUCCCCCUGUCACUUCUGUGGAGUGGACAUUCCGACCCACCAGCGGGAAUACCAUAACUAUCGCACAGUCCAACACCAAGUACACCCUGGCCAGUGGUACCUCUAAUCCAAAUCUAACCAUCAAUUCGGCUGCCUUGACGGAUGCUGGCACUUACACCUGCAAGGCAACCAAUAUAGUUGGGCCGGGGGAAGACUCAGCCACUCUAACCAUCACUGGAAUUAUUCCUAAUGUAACAAUACCAGACACAUCUUUAUCCAUACAAAAACGUCAAAACAUCACCAUCACAUGCGUAAUCACAGAGGCUUUACCAAAAGAGACAUCUGUAUUAUGGGAAUUUAGAGCCAACCAAGGCGACUCAGGAACUAUCAUAAGCAUUGCCUCUAAUCCUACAAAAUAUCAAGGGGGCACGGUGGCAGUGCCGUCUCUCACGAUUUUGUCGGUAGCAGCCUCCGACCAAGGUUAUUACACAUGUAUCGCAUCAAACGUAUUCGGAGAGGGGCGCAGCGAACAGGCUUUUUUAGAAGCCACUGGCAAUGCUGCCACGGUAACCGUCAGUCCUUCCAGCCAAUCAGUGCUACAGAAGAGCACAGCUGUCAUCUCCUGCACGAUCAGUAAUGCAAACCCAGCCGUAACAGAGGUCACAUGGGAGAAAGUUAGCUCAGGCGUAACCACUUCUAUCACAGUGACGGGACGCUUCAACGGUUCCACUCCCUCUGUCCCUGACCUUACCAUCAGUAACCUUGAGCCAGGGGAUGCUGGGACGUACUACUGCUCGGCCAGGAACGCCAUAGGAACCACCAGGAGUAACACAGGGAGCGUGCUUAUAGUCACAGGGGCUGUGCCAAGCAGUGUUCUGAUAGCAGGAUCAUCAAACAGAAAUGUCAAUCUUGGAGGGGCCUUGACCUUGCAAUGUUCAGGUCAAGGACAACCAAGCCCAACUUACACCUGGUUGUUCAGUAGUAGUACUACUACUAGUACAGUGGUUGGGACAGGAAAUACCUAUACAAUUACUAAUGCCCUGAGGACGAAUGCUGGAACUUACAUUUGUAGAGCAACUAAUACACUGGGAACAUUGGAUAGUCCAGGGGUUACUGUCAAUGUCCAGUAUGCUCCUGUCGAUGCCCGAACUGAAGCACAGAAGAUAGUGACUGCCACUGUGGACACCGCAGUCACCUUGAGCUGUAACGUGGACGCCAAUCCUACUGCCUCUUUCCAGUGGUAUCGUAACUCCCAGCUGGUGGGGUCCCAGCAAACGUACACCUUCACCUUCAGCGGAACUGACACCCAGGGGGUUUACACGUGUAGAGCCACCAACAGUGUAGGAUCCCAGGACCUGCAGUUCACUGUGUCUCAGGGUACUGGCAAUGUUGGGGCCUCCACAGCCACUUCGGGGCUCUCCACAGGAGAAAUUGCCGCCAUCAUCCUGGCCUUACUUCUCCUGCUUCUACUUAUCAUUAUUAUCAUCAUCUGCUGCCUGACACAUGGUGUAUGUGGGGCUAUCUGUGGCAAGAAACAAGAUGUCAAAGGUCGUGUGGAACCAACAGAGGAGAAGGAGGUGUAUAAGGAAACACAGAAAGAGGUCAUCAUUCCACGAUUCCACGAGGAGUCCAUCAAAGGCAAAAGUUACAGGGAGCCAGCAAGGGCGGGUUCCUAUCGGUCUUACCCUGCCCAUGCUAACAAGUAUCGACAACCCUCGGCUGUGUCUAGGAAAGAUGUCGAUGUCAGAGUACAGAACGGUGGAUUCAGGAAGGAGAAUGAUUACGAGAUUGUACGUUAUGAGACCGUGCCUCCAGUUUCUACUCAGCUGAUGACUGAGUCCCCCCGCCCACACCGCCUGCCUGCUCUCUCCUACACCUACGAAGAUGUGGAGAAGAAGCGCAAGAGGAGGAAGAAGAAGAAGCACCACCGCAGACGCCACCACGAUCAUGGAGAGGAAGUGGUGGUUGAGACAUUACGGUCUGGUAGCCCAGUUCGUAUUAUAGAAGAACCUGUGGAAGAAGUGGAGGUAGUGCGCUCGGCUAGCCCGACCCGAUAUGUAACUGAGCCCAGCAAUGAAAUGGUGGUUGAGCGUGUGAUACGAAGUCGCAGUGCUAGUCCUACUCGAAUAAUUCGCACCGAGGCCGAGGAACCUACGGUUGUUGAGCGAGUGAUCCGCAGCUCGAGUCCCAGUCGCCACGUCUACAGACAGGAAGUGGAGGAACCAGUGGAAUAUUCACCUUCUCCAGGAAGGAGAGGUUACGGUUACUAUGACAAUGAAAGGAUCAUUGAGACGACACGAAGCUCCAGAAGUCCGCGACGACACCGGCACCAGGAGGAGGAAGACGUGAUAAUUGAACGUCGCAGUCCAAGCACUAAACGGAGAUACGAGGAGAAUUACAUAACGGAUGACCGUGACAUCAUCCAGGAAGACGGAGAUCUCCGCGCGUACAAUGGAGUCGUGUAUCGCGAGGCUCCCAGUCGCCAUGGCAGCGGGCGUUACGCUGUACAGAGCAGCGAGAGGCGAAGUCGUAGCAGAGGUCGUCAUGGGUCAGAUGAUGACGUAGAAGUGGUUUAUGGGAAGGAAUAUGUUGUGGAACGUUAACUAGGUCUUAAAUGAAUUAAUAUUAGGAUUUUAAAAUUAUUUUUAUCAGAGAUUUUAUGUAGAAUGGGUGGUUUCUGAGAUGUAUAUGGAUGAAAUUUUUCUUAUAAUGAUAGCUCUUUUAGAAACUUUUUUUCUUGUAGCAAAGAGAAAAAACUUGUGUUGAUUCAAUUUGAAUAGCAUUUUUUAUCCUUUAAAUACCAUGCAAAACAAACCAAAGUGGAAAGAUGAGUAUUAUUCUAUGUAUGACGUUGUAUAAUGUCCAUGUAAGUAUAAUUAAGAGCAAAGAAAAUUUUCAGAAGUGCUACAGUUAAACUAUCCAUGUGUCCAUAUAAUGUUUCCAAAGUGCCUACACUGUUGUGUAUUACAUUCCAGAAAGUUUUCAUAUGAAAUAUAGAUUCAGGGUUGUCCACAAGGUUUGAAAUAGAAGGGGACAUUUUAAAAGAAAAAGGUUGUCUUAAGUUCCUCCCCAAGUGGGAAUAGGGGCAAUGCCAGAUUACCCUA